UCGAACGGUAUUCUGCUGUAGGGCUGUAACAACUGACAAUUGAGCACUUUACCCUCAUGAAACAAAGCGAGAACGGAACCAUCAAUUUAAAUAUACCUGAAACACAAGAUCGCACUGAAGACACAUUAUGAGGCACGCAACUGCAGCAACAGAAACCAUGGAAAAUAAUUCAUUUACAGUAACAUACUUAUAUAAAAUAUGCACUCAUUGUGAACGGCUAAGCAAAAAGGACGUAGGAGUUCGGAUCCCAAGACCACAGGGAAAUGGACCAAGUAGAUUUAUCCCUGAAAAAGAGAUACUUCAAGUCAGUAAAGUAGAUCCGAGGGUGCAAUCGAUAUUUGAGGACGCAUUUGCUGCACUGGGUCGUCUUGACAACAUCUCCUUGGUGAUGGGCUUCCACCCACAGUACCUGGAGAGUUUCCUGAGAACACAGCACUACCUACUGCAGAUGGAUGGGCCCUUAUCCCUGCACUACCGCCACUACAUAGGCAUCAUGGCUGCGGCCAGACACCAGUGCUCCUACCUGGUCAACCUCCACGUCAACGACUUCCUCCAGGUGGGAGGGGACCCUAAGUGGCUGAAUGGCCUGGACGGAGCCCCACAGAAGCUGCAGGCUCUUGGGGAGCUCAACAAGAUCCUGGCCCACCGGCCCUGGCUUCUUACCAAGGCACACAUUGAGCACCUGCUGAAGGCUGAAGAACACAGCUGGUCCCUGGCUGAGCUGAUCCAUGCUGUGGUGCUCCUCACACACUACCACUCCCUGGCGUCCUUUACCUUUGGCUGUGGCAUCACCCCUGAGAUCCACAGUGAUGGUGGGCACACCUUCAGAUCUCUCUCCCUCAGCCAGUACUGUGUCUGCGACAUCGCCAAUGGCAAUGGGCACGGCAACGACCUGGAGGAAAGGAGAGGCAGCCAUCAGGUGUCUGGUGAGGUGGAGGUGCUGAUGGAGAGAAUGAGGCAGCUGCAGGAGUGUCGUGAUGAAGAGGAAGCCAGUCAGGAGGAGAUGGCCACACGCUUCGAGAGGGAGAAGACCGAGAGCAUGCUGGUGGCCACGGCAGAGGACGAGGAGUGUGUGCAGUCAAGAGACGUGUCCAGGCACUUUGAAGACCCCAGCUACGGCUACAAGGACUUUUCCAGGAGAGGAGAACAUGUACCCACCUUCAGAGUGCAGGACUACAGUUGGGAGGACCACGGCUACUCCCUUGUCAACCGUCUGUACCCUGAUGUUGGUCAGCUGCUGGAUGAGAAGUUCCAGAUGGCCUACAACCUGACCUACAACACCAUGGCCAUGCACAAAGACGUGGACACCUCCAUGCUCCGCAGGGCUAUCUGGAACUACAUCCACUGCAUGUUCGGCAUCAGGUAUGAUGACUAUGACUAUGGGGAGAUUAACCAGCUGUUAGACCGCAGCUUUAAGGUCUACAUUAAGACCAUGGUGUGCAGCCCGGAGAAAACCACCAAACGAAUGUAUGAGAGCUUCUGGAGGCAGUUCCAGCACUCCGAGAAGGUCCAUGUAAAUCUGCUUCUUAUGGAAGCGCGCAUGCAGGCAGAACUGCUCUACGCUCUGAGAGCGAUCACCUGCUACAUGACAUGAAGUGCUUUUUGGCGUUUAUCGUUGUAUUUUACUGUCGUUGUUGCUCUCGUUGGACACCUUUUUAUAAUAAAAAAAAAAACCAAUGGGGCGGGGAACAGAAAAUGGGAAGGGACAGAAAGGAGCCCCGCUCGUCAUGACGAAGCUUGUCCUUGUGAUGGAUGGAAUGUAGAAAGAUGAAUGGAACAAAAGAGAGAAUGGGGGUUAGGGAGCAAAAGAAAUGACUGCAAAAAAUAAUAAUCUGAACCCAUUUGUGGAAAGAUGAGCUUUGUUGGUCCUCUUUGCUCGCAUUGCCAAAACUCACCAUGAGGGGGCAGCCUAGAGAAGACUCCCUCUGUCAGGAGUGUGUGGCCAACCUUCCAGUAUUCCAAUACAUCUCAGUGGAUGAUGUCACUGAAAUCUCCUUAUAGUGUGAAAAAACCCACAGCAAUUCUCCAGAAAGAAGAGCAGUACACCAGUCUACACUCAAUGUAAUCAUAGUUUAUUUGGGGGGGUUGUAUUAAGAGAAGUUAUCAUGGGGUUGAUGAUAUUGCUGUAACUGAAGGUUAUGAAAUCAUUAUUUGGGCUGUGUGAUAGUGUGCCUGAUUUUUAUAUCAGACGGCAGUGUUCAGAGGUGCUGCCUGAUACUGCUGCUUCUGUAAGCAUGGGGUCAUAUUGACCCCACACCCUAACCACCCUAAACUGUUUGUGUAAGCUAACCCAAGGAGUGUGUGUGUGUGUGAGAAAGGUGUUGGUGAAAAACAAAAAAAAGAACACUGUCUGAGACCUAUUCAGUUUGAUUGUAAAUAUGAGAGGCUCUCUGUGACAAGUAUUGUGUGUGACUCCGUGUGUUUUAUAAAAAAUGUUGGGAUUUCAAGUGUAAAAAAAAAAAAAGGCGAGGCACUCUUUUUGUGUGGUGACUGUUAUAUCGAUCUUUUGUUUCUGUUAGAAGCUUUGUCCUGUAAGGAAAAAAGACAAGCUAAAAAAAAAAAAAACUGGUCUUCUAGGGGACUAGCUUCCGGUUGUCAUAAAGAUGACCUGUCUGUCUUCCACAUUCACCCUUUGACCCUGGCCUGGUCAUCCUAACACCCACCUUCAAAGCUUUGGAUUGUGAGUUUUACCAGUACAUGCCUCUUCUGUUUUCUCUAUCACAUUAAGAAGUGCUCUUUGGCAAGCAAGCAGAAUGACUCUUUAUUUCUCUGGGUCGCUUGGCUUCCCUUCGUAGGGAGCCUGGUUGGUCCUCACUGGACCGAUGCUAUGCUUGUUUCCUCUGUGGAAGCCUAACCAGUGCAAAAGCAACCCUUUUAUUUUUUUUAAGACGAUGGCAGACCCUCCACUGUUUAUUUCUGUUGACUGAAAACAAGUGAAGUACUGCAUUCUUCUGAGGGUGGGUUGAGACAGUUGAUUGUUUGAUGAGAUGGUUAUGGCAUGGUACAUUAUUUGGAGGUGGUUGCGGUAGAAGUCGAGGUUUCAUACUUCUGACUGUCAAACACCUUUUUAUUAAAGAAAUUAAAUAAACUUAUUGUAUCAUUUUCUAGUUUUCUCCCUAAAACUGUUUUUGCUGCAUCAAUGUUCACUCAUUACAUAACAUGGGUACACUUUGAAUCAUUCAUGCAACAAACCCACCAAAUUGUAGUCACAGCACAUGUAUUAUCUGCAAGCUGAACAAUGGGCAUCUACUCUCCCAAUGAUAUAGGAAAACAUUUGGCUAUUACGGAUACAUUUUGCACACGUUAAUGCAAUAAUGGCUCCCACACAAUGAACUGUUUCGUACAACAGCGUUAAGACUUGGGUGUAUUUGGGUGUAUACGAGUCCAAAUCCCAGCAGUGUUUCAGUUUCCUGUGUUGAGUCGGUCCUCCCAGUCACACUACACUGAACUCAGUGGUUUGCUUGUGUCGUUACGACCCAAACAGAACCGCAAAUGGUCCUUCCUUGUCCAUGUGUGGUCGAGUCACAGUUGGAUGUUCCUCCCACAACUGUUGUGCUAAAACGUUUUAUCUUGUCUGUAAUGUGCAUUGAGAUAAGAGGGGACAUUCCCUCUAGGAUCACCUUUGAGCUUUGUCCUGCUCACUUCUGUCCUCACUGGAAAAACUCCCUGGCAUGACGGGCUAUAGACUGAACUCUUUGGAUGUUCAGGGAUUCUUUUCCAUUAAGGACAGAGGGUGACUUGGUCCAUUCAAUCACCAGCAGUGUGUCUCUACUGAACUGCCUCUAUUUUUGACUGACUCAUUUCCCUAUGACAAUCUGAAAAAGGAUGAGACUAAACAAAUGAUGCUCUUAACAUCAUGAUCAGCCAGCUACCUGUUUCAUAUCAACCCAGACAGACAGGCAUCUAUCAUGUGGAGAACAAUGUUUGUCAUUGAAUAUGCCUGAUGAAACGCUAUUGGGUUGUCUUGUGUGUUGUCACUGAACGCUUUGAUUUUGUAUAGUGGGAACUGAAGUUUUUUUUUACAGAAGUGCCGUUUUUUUAAAUUUUAUUUCUUAAUGUGAUUUGAAAACGCUGUCACUUUGCAGCAGCACUGCCUGGUCCAUAUUUGUGUAACAAUAAAGGCUUUGAGGAGAAUGUUUACAAUA